ACUUGGACGAACAAAAAUAAAUCCGGAGCACCAAAAAAAAAAAAAAAAAAAAAAAGGGGAAAAAACCGUUGGAAUGUUUUACGGCUGAGGAGUUUUGAGUUGUAGUGUAUGACGAAUUCAAUGGCUUCCACAAACCCAAGUUGCUUCUUCUACUCUUCUUUUUCUUCAAUACCCAAUUCAACCUCAACCACUCGCUUUUCCUUAUCUUGUUCUCACUCUAUCUUUAAUGGUUGCAAUGGAGUUAUGCUAAACAGAGGUUGUUUCCAGUCAAGAAUAUGUGCCAAGUUUGAGAAAUUCCAAAGUGACCCUCCUCAAGACAAUCUUGAAGAUACCAAAACAUCAUCUUUUCAAGUAGUUGAAGAGGAUAGAGACGAAGUAGAAGAAGAAGAAGAUGACAGCUGCUUGCCUGCUGACUUGGAAGGGGCAGUUCGACAAUCAGGUCAAGCAACUGCUUCAUUUGUAUCUUCAGGAGGAAUGAGAGCCAUAGUUGAGCUUCUCAUUCCCCAGCUGCAGUUUCUAGAUGAUGAAGGUGCUCAAGCUGAGCUCUGGAAUCUUUCAAGGAUCUUUUUGGAUACACUUAUUGAAGAAACUGGAUCCCAGAGAGUUAAAGCCAUAUUUCCGGAUACUGGUGCUUCAGCACUUCUAAAAUAUCAGUGGAAAGACGCUGCAUUUGGAUUCUCCAGCUUAAGUGACAGGAAGCCUGUUGAACCUGAAGACGACAUAGUGGUUAUGGUUGUUCCUGACUAUCAAAUGUUGGAAUAUGUAGAGAGAAUUGCAUCUAAUCUCUCAGAUGAUCCACCAAGGCCUCUCAUAAUGUGGAAUCCACGUCUAAUCAGUGAGGAUGUUGGAGUUGGGUUUAACGUUCGGAAGCUAAGGCGGUAUUUUCUUAGCACUUUUACGACUACCUACUCGAUGAGGCCUCUUCCAUCUGGUGCUGUGUUUAGGUGUUAUCCAGGAUUAUGGAAGGUGUUCUAUGAUGACAAGGAUAGACCAAACAGAUAUCUUCUUGCCAAAGAACUCGUUACCCGUCCUGACGCUGAAGAACUUGAGAUUAUAUUUGGAGAUGUAGGAGAAAAAUCAGAGCAAAGCCGAUCUUUAUUUGAUAAAGCAGCAGGCAUCUUCUCCUCGCUAAACCGAUUCAUGAAGGUCAUAUCAAAAUAAGCUUUCAUACCCUGUAUCUUAUGUCAAAAUAUUGCUAUCUGUAUUUCUUCCUCAAACUUUUCUUUGCUAGUUAUAAGAUGUAUCCAAUAUUAUAGUGCAAAAUGAUAAAGAUUUCUAAUUGCACAAUCUUAGUCCUUUUGCUC